AUGAGCUAUAGUACAGUCAAAGAACAACACUACAUUGAGUGUGCCACAUGUAACAAUUAUUCCUCAUUUUACUGCAAUACCUGUCACAAGCGAAUGUGUGAAAAAUGCAGAGAGGGUCAUAUCCGUUAUAACGAAAAUAGAAAUCAUCAGGUAGUCCAAUAUAAGGAUAGGUUAAAACAAUUACCAACAGAAAAAUGUCUUUUCCAUCCUACAAAAAUUUUAGAGAUAUUCUGUGUUGAUUGCCCAACCCCUAUUUGUUCAAAAUGUUUUACCACAAAUCACAAUGGUCAUCAGGUCCUUGACCUUGAAGUUGUUUAUAAUGAGUGUCUUCAGCAAUGCCAGGAAGAGCUGAUCAACAUCCGAGAUACCAUUAUUCCUCAAUGUGAAGAGGAAGUUAAAUCACAAGUGAAAAGUAAAGAAAAUGUCAGGGGAAAAAUUGCCGAAUUACGAUUAUCGAUGAAUCAGAGAGCUGAUGAGAUUAAGGCAGCAGUUGACACUGUUCUAGCUGAAAACAAUGCCAAAUUAGACUUAAUGGAGGCAUCAAUUCUGGACGAGAUUGAAAAGCAACAGAAAAAUGUAGAAGAUUAUAUCUCAUACCUUAAAAAUCUGAUUGAGGACUGUUAUUGUGAUCUGUCAUCAUGCAAAUUAACCGAAGUUAUCAGGUACAACAAAAAGAAUGAAAACGUUAUUCUCGUGAAAUUUCCUGAAAUAACUGAACCUGGACUUCCAACAUUUGCAAAAGAUAGAACUUUAAAGAAAGAAAUAGAACAGAUUUUUGGCGAAAUAAAACCAUGUGAAGAUGAAAAAGUUUUAGGAGACGUUAAUAAAAUCAAAGAAUCAGUGCGUCUAUUCAACUCCAAACCAACCCAAAAGCUACGUAUGGAGCGUUGCUCCUCUUUGAUAAAGACACAGGAAGUUAAAAUACCUCGACUCAGUGUCCCUUUUCAUAUUUCACCAGAUGUGUCUUCUAACACGUUUUGGGCAAAUGGUGAUGCUGAAAAUCUCAUCCAAUUUGACCUGCAGGGAAAUAUUUUUCAAAACGUAUCCACGGGAGGACAGAGAAAUGGAUACCACUCGAUCACAAGAGAAGAUAAUUUACUUUAUACAGAUUAUGAUAGGAAAACCAUUUACAGAAUAAACAGAGAUAUGACCACCUCAACAGUUGUCACCACAAAAGACUGGGAACCACAAUCUAUCUUCUCCUCUCAAAUUAAUGGAGACAUACUUGUUGGGAUGAAUAAAAAAGAAAAAUGGAAAAUUACAAGAUAUAACAGAGAAGGUGAGAAGAUAAUGGAUAUUCAGAAAAAUGAAAAUGGAAAGGCUCUAUACUCAAGUGUAAGCUACCUCACGGAGAACAUAAAUGGUGAUAUUUGUACAUCAGAUAAUGAUGGUGGUAAAGUUCAGGUUGUCACUCGAUCAGGAGAGCAUCGGUUCACUUAUUCCGGUCAAUAUUCUGUGAUGUUUUUUAUCCCGUAUGGAAUCUGCACAGAUGUUCUUGGAAAUAUCUUGGUGUGUUGUUCUUGUAGUGUAUUUAAUUUUGGAUUUGGAGUAUUGAAUUCACCCUUUUUACAUGAACAUGGUAUCCAUUUGCUGAACCAGGAUGGACAACUUCUGUCUGUUCUGCUCAAAUCGGAUUUAGUUUCAAACAAACUAUGUGCUCUCUGUGUUGAUGACCAAAGCAAUCUGAUUGUAGGAAGUGCUAACAGUCCUACAAUCCGUGUUUACAAGUAUCUCAAGGGCAAACGCACUUUGUGA